CCAGCCGAGCCACCCAGGCGCCCCAGGAAGAUGAUUUCUGAGUGAGAACAAGAGGGAGAUGGAUUUGUGGGUGCGGAGCAUUUGUGGAAGGGCCGUGUUCCUGUCGGCAGAGGAGUGUGGCUGCUGAGCCAGGGCGUGUCCCCCGGAGAGCUGCCUAGCUGCCCGGAUCCCUACCUCGCCGCCAUGGGCCACCCAGGCUGACCGGCCAGUUCCUGCCUCGGGCGCUCGGCGUCAUCUGGGGAGAACAUGCCCGGGGCCCCUGAGUGCCUGCUGCGGCUGCUUCGGGGCGCCCCGAGACAGCGGGUCUGCACCCUGUUUAUCAUCAGCUUCAAGUUCACGUUUUUCGUCUCCGUCAUGAUCUACUGGCACAUCGUGGGAGAGCCCAGAGGCCAGAGAGAGUUCUCUCACUUGCCUGCCGAGGUCCCCUGCCCCCAACUGGUGCUCCCUACGCUGCUGUCCAGCACCCCGCCCCCGGGCAACAUCUUCUUCCUGGAGACCUCAGACCGGACCAACCCCAACUUCCUGUUCAUGUGCUCGGUGGAGUCGGCUGCCAGGACCCACCCCGAGUCCCGGGUGAUGGUCCUGAUGAAGGGGCUGCCCGGCGGGAACGCCUCCCUGCCCCGGCACCUGGGCCUCUCGCUCCUGGGCUGCUUCCCCAACGUGCACCUGCUGCCGCUGGACCUGGAGGAGCUGUUCCGGGACACGCCCCUGGCGGACUGGUACGCGGCCCGGCGGCACCGCUGGGAGCCCUACGCGCUGCCGGUGCUCUCCGACGCCUCCCGCAUCGCGCUCAUGUGGAAGUUCGGCGGCAUCUACCUGGACACGGACUUCAUCGUCCUCAGGAACCUGCAGAAUCUGACCAACACGCUGGGCACUCAGUCCCGCUACGUCCUCAACGGUGCCUUCCUGGCCUUCGAUCGCCACCACGAGUUCAUGGCGCUGUGCAUGCGCGACUUCGUGGCCCACUACAACGGCUGGAUCUGGGGCCACCAGGGCCCGCAGCUGCUCACGCGGGUGUUCAAGAAGUGGUGCUCCAUCCGCAGCCUGGACGACAGCCACGCCUGCCGCGGCGUCACCGCCCUGCCCAGCGAGGCCUUCUACCCCAUCCCCUGGCAGGACUGGAGGAGGUACUUCCAGGAGGUCAGCCCCGAGGAGCUGCAGCGGCUGCUCAAGGCCACGUACGCCGUCCACGUGUGGAACAAGAAGAGCCAGGGCACGCGCUUGGAGGCCACGUCCCAGGCGCUGCUGGCCCAGCUGCAAGCCCGCUACUGCCCCACAACGCAUGAGGCCAUGAAGAUGUACUUGUGACGGGCCUGCCCGGGGCACCCUCCCCACACCACUGGGGGUCCUGAUGGAGGAGGGCUCCCGGCCACCUUUUCUGGCGGGGGGCGAGAUGGGAGGGCCCAGGACAGAGAGGC